AUAAACAGUAAUAUAUUUACUAGUAUUUUGAAUAAAAUUCUUAGAUUUAUAUUUAAUCAUUAUAUUAUUCUAUGUAUGUAAUUGAACAUUUAUGUUUUUGGGUCAUAAAAAAAGAAAAAAUACCAUCAGAACUUGUGUCAUCAAAAUAUCUAGCUGUGAAUGAAUACAACUUCAAAAUAAAAUUAUUAAUUGUACACCUUAUGGUUCGAUGUAAGUAUUUAGAAAUAAUUAGAAAAUUCUUUUAUCUUGCAUUAAGUUUGACAAAUGAAUAUCAAAAAGAACAAGUUAGUUUAGGUUUUGGAGAUAAUAACAAAAAACACAACCUUUCGGAAGAUUUAAAUGUAGACGAUUACGCUAUUGAUGACCAGUAUGAAGAAUCUAUAACGGAUGUAGAAAACUAUUUCAACGAUGUUGAAAUUUGCUUUAUACAGAAUGAAAAUUUACAAAAUAUUAAUGCAAGCAUUUGUGAUAUUAAAAAUUUACUCAUAGAAAAAAUAAUAGCUUUUAAAAAUGUGUUAGCUAAUAUGAUAAACGUUGUUCGAUCUUUAAAUAUUUUAGCUGAAGAUGAUUUGUUCUUGCAAAAUAUGUCAAAACGUUUUUUAAAAGAGCUAGUAAAGCAAUAUACUAUGGAACCUGUCGAUGCUGAUCAUAUUAGUAUAUCUGAGCUAACAAAAUGGAUUAAAACAUUUAAUAGAAAUACAUAUAAUGAAGGUAUGGGUAAUGUUUGUACUUUUGUUAAAUGUAAAAAUAACAGAUUAAAAUCUGAAUAUAAUAAAAAAAAACGUUUAAAUCCUAACAUAAUGAGUUAUGCUUCAUUUAUUGGUUCGAAAAUUGACGAAUUAUUUGAAAUCACAUUAUUAUAUUUUAUAACUCCUUUUCAUAUAAAUUAAUUUUAUUUAAUAUAAUUCUCAUUUUGCUCACUUAAUAUUACAUUUCUAUUAAUGAUUAUUGUAAUUAUUUUUAAUUAAAAAUAAGCUAGUUAAUAAUGUUAAUAAUUCUACCAAAUAAAGA